GGGGGAGGGGGAGGGGGAUGGAGAUGGGGAUGCGCAAUUUGGGGCUGCUCGGCGGCAGCAGCAGCAGCAAUCGGAGAUGGAGCUCUACCUCCAGCACAGCAAUUUCCUGGCGGAUGUGAAUAAUGAGCGCGAGGUCAAGAAUGAGACGUAUAAGGAGAAUUUGAGCUCGCUGGAAAAGUUUGUGAUGCUUAUGUUUGAGGAGGAUGGGGUGGUGCAUCCGAAGGAGUCGGCGUGGUUUGCCGGGGUGGAUGCUGAUGGCGUGGUGGUUGGGUUGAGAGAUAGGCAGAUCUACAAGGAGGAUUGGAUUGGGUUGCGGGAGUUGGAUGAGAAGGGCGCCUUGGUGUUUCGGACUGUGCCUGGGAGGCAUAUGGAGAUUGGCGAGGAGGUGUUUGAGGAGGUGGUCAGGGAGUUCUUGGGGCCGGUUGAGGUCGAGGUUGAGGUUGAGGGCGGUCGGGAUGCUGAUGGGAGUGUGGAAAGGCCGGGGUUGGUUGUGCAGGGUGCGUUCUAGAUUUGCGAUGCUCCGGGCUGGCCUGCAGGUAUAUACGUUGUGGUGAUUUUUGAAGUAUGCUUCGGGAUGGCUUUUAGAUGAUAUUUAUGAUUAGGAUGUAUCCACACUAUCUCCAGUUUACUGACUACGGACUGCUAACGAUGCAACGAACAACUGAGGGCCUUUGUCAUCCUCAUCCGUCAGAGCACGAAGCCAGACGUAUGGACUGGUUGUCUGUGUCGAGUGGUCGGGCC